AUGUGGGAACUGGAUUCUGACACGGGAUCCCAGAGCGCAUCGUCGGAUGGUAUUCGACGUAGACAAGGAUGGGAUCCCGAAGCCGAGAGUCUUGCAUCCCAAAUCGAUGAGCUCGAUGAGGUCCUUGCGGAAGAGGAGGAAGGAUGUCCUCUACCAUCGACUCCCGAAGAUCAACACUUACUCGAUGCGGAAAUGGCCGAGGUUUUGAAGGCUGGUGUUUUGUCCGAUGAAAUUGAUCUCGGAGCUUUGGCGCACAACGCUGCGGAACAAGCUGAAGAAUUUGUUCGUAAGGUGUGGGAGGCGUCGUGGAAUGUAUGCCACUUUAGACACCUGCCGCGUUGGCUUCAAGACAAUGAUUACUUACACAGAGGCCACCGACCACCACUACCAUCUUUCAGUGCUUGCUUUGCGUCUAUUUUCCGCAUUCACACAGAAACUGGCAAUAUUUGGACCCACCUACUUGGAUGCAUCGCUUUCAUCGGCGUAGCUAUUUAUUUUGUAACACGACCUUCCAUUGAAAUUCAAACACAAGAGAAGAUGAUAUUUGGAGUGUUUUUCGUUGGUGCUAUUGUUUGUUUGGGAUGUUCUUUUGCAUAUCACACACUGCAUUGUCAUUCGGAAAUGGUCGGAAAACUGUUCUCCAAAUUGGAUUACUGUGGAAUAGCUCUGCUUAUAAUGGGUUCAUUUGUUCCUUGGCUGUACUACAGCUUCUACUGCCAUUAUAGACCGAAAAUAAUAUAUCUAUCAGUGGUUGUGGUGCUUGGUUUUCUGUCCAUCAUAGUGUCACUGUGGGAUAGAUUCUCUGAGCCCCGACUAAGGCCUCUUCGUGCAGGAGUUUUUAUGGGUUUUGGUCUCUCUGGUGUAGUUCCUGCCAUUCACUAUGGUAUCACUGAAGGCUGGUUAAGCCAAGUGAGUAAAGCAUCAUUAGGUUGGCUGGUGCUAAUGGGGCUUUUGUAUAUUCUAGGGGCAAUGUUUUAUGCCCUGCGUGUUCCUGAAAGAUGGUUCCCAGGCAAGUGUGAUAUCUGGUUCCAGUCCCACCAGAUCUUCCAUGUGCUUGUCAUUGUUGCCGCAUUUGUCCACUAUCAUGGAAUUAGUGAGCUAGCUUCAUACAGAGUCACUGUAGGAGAGUGUUCAAUACCCCAAUCCUCAAUUGCAUUCUAA